UUAUGUUGUGUUAUUGAAAGUGGGUCCGUCAUAUUUGUUAUAAAAAGCUUUUCAAAAAGCAGAUUCGUAUACACUUUUAAUAAAAUGGCGGAUUGAAAACCAAAAAAAAUUUAUCCAAAAUAUUAAAAAAGUUAUCGAUUUAUACAAAAAAAAAUCUAAAAACGUGAAAUAUAUAUGCAUGAAAAUACAAUGACAUGAGAGAAAAUGACCACUGAAAUAAAAUUUUAUAAUGGUCACGUCAUCAACUGUAAUAACAUUAUGUCAUUGCUGUGGUCCUGGCUCUUAAUUUUAAUAAUAAUAAAUAGUGUAAAUAGUGAAGUAUGGGUAACAACGGGUUCUGGAGCACAUCAUCGGACCCGUCAUGCAGAUUACGUUACAAAUUGUCCAAAACCGUGUGAAUGUCCAACACGUCACCAAAUCAUAUGUAAAAACAUAAAUUUGGCAAAAGAUACAGUGGAACGAAGACAAUUACCACAUGUAACUCACGUUAAACUAGAAAAUGUAACACCGUUACUUAAUCGAGUUACAAAUUUAACACUUUUCCAAUUGUUCGAUAUCGAUACAACAACUAUAUUAGAAGUCCAAUGGAUUUCAAGUAAUAUUAUGGAAAUUGAUUCGAAUGCAUUCGAAAAUUUCAACCAGUUAGAAAAAUUAAAUUUAGCUGACAAUAAAUUACAAAAUGUCGAACAUUUUUUGUACAUAAAUUCGUUAAAAUCAUUAAAUUUAAGUUUAAAUAUGAUCAAAGAUCUUCCUCGACCGAUUUUCAAUGGUACAAAACUUCUUGAAGAAUUAUAUUUAUCACAUAAUCAGCUACAUGUUAUACCAUUUCAAAUAUUUGCGCCAAUGCGUAGUUUAGAAAUAUUAGAUUUAUCAAAUAAUUUAAUUGUAACAUUCUUAGAUCAUUUUUUUAAGCAGAAUAAAAUUUUAAAGAAAUUAUUUUUAAAUGAUAAUCGUAUUGAAAAAUUAUCAACAAAUGCACUUACAGACUUAAAAGAAUUAUCUGAAUUAAAUUUAGCGCAAAAUCGUUUACAUGUUUUAACAAAAGGGGUUUUUGAUGCGUUAAAACAUUUAAAAAAAUUAAAUUUAGCAUACAACCAUUUCGUUCACUUAUAUAAGCAAACAUUUCAUAAUUUAAUUAAUUUAAAUGAAUUAAAUUUAAGUGGGAAUAAUUUCACAAAAAUGAUACCAAAUUUACUCAAUAAAAAUUUAAAUUUACGCAAAUUAACUAUUGAAAAUAGUCAUAUUGAACGCGUAAAUAAUUGGGAUUUUAAUGGCAUGUCCUCUCUAGAAGAAUUAUAUUUGCGUAAAAAUCAUUAUCUACACGACAUCGAACAUUACGUAUUUGAUGAUUUACCAAAUCUCCAAACAUUGGACAUCAGCGAAAAUCAACUAAGUGUUCUCCCAAAGUCAAUGAGUACCCUUACGAAAUUAAAAUAUUUGGAUAUAAGUAAAAAUUAUUGGGCCUGUGAUUGUCGUAUGGUUUGGUUUAAAACGUGGAUGAUAGCGCAUCAAAAUGAUAUUGUUACGUCAGAUUUAAGUUGUGGACCACACGCUUAUCCAAAUGAAAUGAUUCCAACGUUAGAACAUCUUAAUUGUACUGACCCGAUUUUAUUAUCAAAAACUCCGCUCCAAAAAUAUAUUGUAAAUACAAAAGUGAUUUUGGAUUGUAAAUAUACGUCAAAUCCAUUACCGUCAAUUACAUGGAUAACACCAACAAAAUUAAUAUUCCAUUCGAAUCCAGAACCAAGUAUCCCGGAUAUAUUUUAUAAACAUCCCAUAGGACAUGAUUUUUAUAUGAAUGCAUAUAAAAAUGGACGAAUUCAAGUGUUUGAAAAUGGUUCGUUAAUCAUAAAUAAUUUAACGAAAACGGAUGUAGGAGCGUAUACAUGUUUUGCGAAUACACCAACUGGUAAUUCUUCCGCAGUGGUUAUUAUCCAAAUUAAUCCGACUGAAAUGUAUAACGUCCAAAUUAAUAGUAUUAUUUUUGGAUUAUUUUGUGCUGCCGGUUUUCUAACGUUAACGUUACUUGUACAAUUUUUACGUUUUGUUUUACGCAAGUCUGGUAUCCUAAAUAAUUGUUGCAGUUUUUGUAAACGAGAUAAAAUCUCACCUCGAGCCAAACAGAUUUAUGCAAUGUUGGAUAACAUCGAAUCAUAUAAAUCGCAACAAUUGGAACGGUUGCGAGAGAAUUAUGCUCAACAAGUUAAUCGAAUCAAAGAAAAUUGUACUCAGCAAGUGGAAUGGAUUCAAACAAGUUACCAGGGUCAAACCAAGAAUUUGAAAGAUAUUCGAGAUAUUGGAACACAGCAUUUGACUACAAUACGCGGUCAAUAUUGUGAUCAGGUCAAACGUGUUCGGGAAUAUUCAACCUGUCAAUUAAAUUGGGUACGUGAAAAUUACGUCUUCCAACGCAAUAAAAUACGAAAAUUUAGUGCCCAUCAAGUGUUACGUAUCCAAAAAUCCUACAAAUACCAACAACAAACGUUGAACAAAGUCUUAGAAAAUUUACCAACACUAUACUUCGAAAAUUGUCGUACUGGACAAUGUGGUCGAACUGAUUCCAUUGUUUUCGAUCCAGAGGACGUAAUUGGAAUUGAUACCUACAUCAAAUCGAAAAUUGAACAAUUAGCUGAAAUUCCUGAACCAAUUAUUCCAGAUGAAAUGCAAAGUCGAUUAUCGUUGUAUUAUACACCGACAGAGCGUUCAAUUAUUGGUUCACCCGGUACAGAGAGUCACAUAAUUGAUGGUUUUGAAGGUAUUUACAUAAAUAUGAUCGAAAAUGUUCCAACAACUUCGUACGCAAUUGAAAAUGAAGAUCGAAGACGAUUCUCGCUAUCAGAACCGAUUUAUAGUUUAUCCGAGCCAAGCUGUAGUACUUCAAAUAAUAGUAGCAAGCCCAGUACAGCAAGUAUACGCAAUUCAAUUAAUGUGGACAGUGAUGACAGUGAUGAGGAAAGUGCUGUGGUUGUUGUUCGACCUCAAACAAUUGAUGAGGAACUUGUAAAUAAUUUAAGUGAUAAUUUACCGACUGCCGUCAAACAAAGUGAAAAGAAAUGUGUGAGUGUUUGUGAGGAUAUUACCAGUGGUGGGGAUACUCAUCGAAACAGUGUUGGUGAUUCAUCGACAAGUAAUAACAAUAAUAUUUAUAGUGAAACUGCCUUGUAGUGCCAAUGUUGUCUCCCUCUUAAAUCAAAUUCGAAAAUUGUUUGCGUUCAGAACCAUUUGAAAUCGUGAUGUUUAAAGAAAGAUACUUUAAAUGCGUGUAACAUUUUGGAAUAUUCGUGAUUGAGCUAAAUAUUCAAUUAAGUAGCUUAAAAUCGGAAGUUUUAAGUCGGGUUUCUUGAGAAAUGUUCUGCACGUAAUCAAUUCAAAAAGAGAGAUAGAGAUUUUGUUUCCAUUCUCUUUUAAAUCUAUCAUGUCUCUCUCUAAAAACAAUUGCAUCAUUGCCUAAUUUGUUAUAAAUUUUGCAGCAAGCUGUGAUAGUCUCUUAUUUAAAAAAAAAUAUAUAUAUCGAUUGGUCAGAAAAAGAAUUAAUAAUUUAUUUUUUUCAUUUUUCAUUUUCCUUAAGUGUUUCGUAAACCAAUCGUAUCGAACUGUAUUAAAUAAUGAGAUCAAAUUAAAAAAAAAGAAAAAUGUAAUUUUUGUGUUACAAUAAAUACCGCUCAAUAUAACUUUUUUUUUAUCUAAAAAAAAGGACACAUAACAGCCUUAGAUAUUUUUUCAAAGUGUCUGGCGGUUGAAUUUUUUUUUGACCUUUAGAAAAAUUUGAAUGCUUGACACUCAUAAAAUUUUUUUUUUAAGGAAUGAUCAUGAUUUCGCGCCUUUUACAUAUUUUUAAAGUAGUUACAGACGUUUCUUUUCUAGCGGAAAAAUUGCUUAGACUCGGUAAUUUUUGCGAACUUAAAUAUUCUCAGUUUGUUUAAUAUUCCACCAUGGAAGUUGUUGAAAUGUUCAUAGCGGAUAAGCGGAGGUGACGCGGAGAUGGAGUACGAUUAUACGGGAUUUCCAAAACUGUUUUGUAAAAUACCUUAUUUCAAAUUUGAAAAUGCGAUAUUCUGUUCUUCCAAAAUACUUCAAUUUUUUAAGACUGCCUUUUCUAACAGGAAAUACUACAAUUUAUAAGAAUGGAAUCUGGCGUCACAUUUUUUGUUGAUAACAUUUGAAAUUUUUCAAAUAUCUGAGUUUUUUAUUGACUUAUAUUUUUAUUUGGCUUUUAUGACAAUUAAAAAUGGCGUUUAAUAAAACGAUUCGGGGAUAAUAAAAGCACUUACAUUUUGCUCUUCCAGAAUCUCGAAUAAUAGCUUACAUUUGGAUCGAAUUAACUGAGGAAAAAAACGUUUGUAUCCACCCUAAACUGUAAUUGAAAAAGCAAUUUUUUUUUAAAUCAAUUUUCCGCCCAUUAAAUUAAUUCGCCCUUAUUUAUCUCGUGUUUUUUUUAAUCAUGAACAUUCCAUUUUGAAAGUAUUCUCAAAAAAGGUCGUAAUAUUAGUAAAAGAAAAUGGAGAUGUGUGGGUUGAAAAUUUUCAAUUAAAAAAAAAAGCCUGCAUUACUACUACACGCCUAUAUAUAUUCCUGACUACAUUUUCAAAUAAAUUUGAUCUAUCUAGUCUAUGUAAAAAUUUUCUAGGAAGUAGUCAAACUGUAGAUUCACAUUCAAAUCAUUUUUCUCUGUGGAAAAAAAUGAUUCUAUUUUUUGUAAUAAAAAAUUAUUCUUGAUAAAAAUAAAAGAACUAUUUUUCCUGCUAUAUUUUGAGAGUUUGGUGGUGCCUUAACAAAAUGAGAGAAAAUUGUACAAUUUUCCUAAUUCUCCCCUUAAAUGAAUGGUGUGAAAAAAAUUGGAAAAUAUAUUUUUGUGAAAAAAAAAAAUGGGACAAUCGAAUUAUUUAAAUAUAAGCAACAUAGUUACAAGGUAUAGAAAAACAAGGCAUUAUCUAAACAAAUUUUCAUUUUUUUUAAGUGCAUAUAUUUUUCCAAAAUUAUUUGUGUUUGAAUUUUCUGUUUCAUAAAUCUAAAACACAUUGUGUGUUCGAGAAAAAUAGUGCAAAAAAAUUUAACAAGUGAUAUCGAACUAUAAAAAAAUAGAAAAUCUAAUAUAAAGUGUUGUUUAGGCUAUUCUAUCCAAAACCACGGGCGAAAUAUCGCUAAUUGUUAGUAAAUACAAAACUAAAAAGUCCAUUUUUUUAUAUUAACCCUAAUCACACGCUUAAAUUUGAAAUUUUUGUCCUAUCUUAUUUGAGAGAAGCCCUCUUAGCUCUACCCCUUUUAUUGAUCCAAGACAUUCAAAAUCAUUGUUCGAGGAUUUUUUACGGCGUCAAUUAUUAAUUAUUUUAAUAGCUUCCAAUAAGCUACGACAUUUUUAACAUUAUUUUUCCCGAACACAUUAUAAAUAUUCUAGAAAUAGAUAUCCUAGAAUUAGAUCUCGAUCAUCAUCGAAACUAUUGUAAACUAUGCUUUAUUUUUAUUCACUUUAGAAGUGUAAAUAUAAAGCAGGCUUUAGAAUAUAAAUUUUUAGGCAAAUCUUAUUAAACAAACAAAAAAAUUGUUAAUCGAUGUAAAUUAUUUUUUCUUAGAAAAUAUGUUUAAUGUGUGUGUG